AUGGGGUUCUUCCGACUGGAGCCCGUCGGACCCGGGGGGAUCACGGUGGAGGAGGCAGCCCUGGCGUGCUUCGAUGCUCCGUACAGGGGAAGGUUGGCCACUUUCAGAACCUUCACGGAUUACAACGGGCUGAGGGGAGCGGCUGCCGGAGGAGGGCGGUUGGUGCUUGUCGGCGGGUUUUAUUCCCCACUGGGGGAUUAUAGGGCCCAGACUCAGGCAAGCCUGGUAUCUGGCUGGAGCUCAAUCGCCAACAUCCCCUCGACCGCCUGGACAUUGCCCUCCCAACCCGACUCCUUCUCCCAGCCAGCUCCAGAAGAGUGCCUGGCGCUCCACAUGGUCUUAGGGGUGUACCACCUCGUGGACUACCCCUGCGGAAGCAUCUUGCCUGACGACGUUCCGACGGCUUACCUCUGCAUCGAAUUCGCUCCGGGAUCCUGUCCCGCUCCGCCGCUGUACUCUGGAGGCUCGGUUACUAUGAUGUACCCAGGAGGAAACGACACAUCCCCGUUUCCCUUCAACACGGAGGUGGUCUACUCGUGCCCGCCUGGGAUGGUGUGGCGGGACACACGAGCGAGAGCGAGGUCCUCCUUCUGCAGGGGAAGCGUGAGCUGGACCCUCUCCGAAACUGACCUCGCUGGAGUCUCCUGCGUCGCCAUAGUAAAAAUGCUUUGCCGUGUUACCUCUAUAAAAUGUACAAUAUUUGCCUCCUCUCCCCUUGCAUGGUUUUCUUCCUCUCCAGGCGAGAGAGCGGAUGGAACGACAGGACUUGGAGGUGUGCUGGGCAUGUCAGGACCCAUGGGUGAGGUAGGCAUGGUUGGAGACCAGGGAUUGCAAGGCGUGACCGGACCACAGGGAUUGCAAGGCAUUACUGGACUUCUGGGCCAGCAGGGCACGACCGGACCACAGGGAUUGCAAGGCAUGACUGGACCCUCGGGACUGGAAGGCAUGGAGGGUGUCAUUGGCGCGGAGGGGAUGGCUGGACUUGAGGGAAAGCAGGGCACGACUGGAGACCAGGGAUUGUUAGGCGUGACCGGACAACAGGGAUUGUUAGGCUUGACCGGACAACAGGGAUUGCAAGGCAUGACUGGACCCUCGGGACUGGAAGGUAUGGAGGGUGUCAUUGGCGCGGAGGGGAUGGCUGGACUCGAGGGAAAGCAGGGCACGACUGGAGACCAGGGAUUGUUAGGCUUGACCGGACAACAGGGAUUGCAAGGCAUGACUGGACCCUCGGGACUGGAAGGCAUGUUGGGUAUCAUUGGCGCGGAGGGGAUGGCUGGACUUGAGGGAAAGCAGGGCACGACUGGAGAUCAGGGAUUGUUAGGCUUUACCGGAUCACAGGGAUUGCAAGGCAUUACUGGACUUCUGGGAAAGCAGGGCACGACUGGAGACCAGGGCUCGCCAGGCAUGACUGGGGACCAGGGUUCUGCAGGCAUGACUGGACCCUCAGGAAUGCAAGGUAUGGCUGGAACCAAGGGGAUGCAAGGCGAUGCCGGGGAACCUGGGUGA